AUGAAGGGAAUCGGAAAGGCUUUCGCGCGCGCGCCGCACAUGAUCGGAAGUAAGGUUGGGAUGGGCAAACAGAGCGUCGAUGCCGAGACGAACGAGCUUGUCAGGAAGUUCAGCGGUCUCGAAGAGUACACCGCAAAGCUUGUCAAGGACUCGAGCAGCUUCCGCGACAGCGUCGCUAGCAUGCUCACGUCCGGCGCCGGCUUCGCAACGGCCUUCUCGACCCUCUUCAACCCGCUCGUCGACGAAGGCUCGCUCACCGCCCGCCACCCCGAGGCCGAGACGACCCUGCGCAACAUCGACCACUACCACGAGCUCAUGGCCGAGUUGCGCGAUGCGAUCCAGCCUGAACUCGAGCUGGUUGACGCGAGGGUCACGGCCCCUCUCAAAGAGUACCAGGAGCUGCUUAAGAAGAUUCGCAAGACUAUCACGAAGCGCGAGCACAAGCUCGUCGACUACGACCGCCACAACAACUCCUACAACAAGCUGAAGGACAAGAAGGAGAAGUCGCUUUCGGACGAGAAGAACCUCUUCAAGUACGAGCAGGAACUCGAAAUUGCGACGCAGGAGUAUGAGCACUACAAUAACAUGCUCAAGGCGGAGAUUCCGCACUUCAUCGCGCUCUCGACGAGCCUCAUCUCGCCCAUCUUCCAGACUUUCUACUACAUCGAGAUUGGCAUCCUCUACACCCUUCUCGAGAAGAUGCAGGCUUUCGCGACUUCGACGUACGGCGCCGACGCUCUCGCGACUGACGGCCUCGAGACGAUGCACUACGAGCGCAUGGGUGAUGUGCCCGAGCGGAUCGAGGCUUUGAGCAUCACCAAGCGAUUCACUUCGACCGCCAAGUUCAUGUCGCAGCACCGCGCCAACUCUGGCUCCGAGACCGGCUCGCUUCACCGCGCCAGCUCGACCUACUCCUCCUCCUCCCUCGGCCGCAGCGGCACCUCUUCCUCCUUUGCUCGACCUGGCGCGAGCGACGCUGCUCCUCCCGCGUACUCGCCACCCGCCGUCAGCCCCGGCUUGGCGGGCAAGAGGCCGCCGCCGCCUCCUCCGCCUGGUCGACCCGGCGCGGCGGCGAAGAAGGAGUACGUCACGGCGCUGUACGACUAUACCGCGCAGGCCGGCGGCGACUUGUCGUUCCAGGCGGGCGACAGGAUCGAGAUCGUCAAGCGCACCGAGUCGGACCAGGACUGGUGGACCGGGCGGCUCAACGGACAGGAGGGGCAGUUCCCCGCCAACUACACGCAGCUCUGA